AGGGAAAUGCAUAAAAAAAAGGACUUUGACAUGGAAAAUGUCAUAUUUAAGAAUGGUGGGUUCCUCGACCUCCUAUCCUUUCUUACCUCCUUCCUCAAUCUAAAAAGAAGAAAAUCUUCAUCCUUCUAUAUCUCCUACAAACCCCCACCAGUUUUCCCUAUUUCCCCUUAAGUCAAACUUAAAUUGCUAUAAAGGCUUCAUAGCAACUUGAUCAUCCACUAGUUCUUGUCUAAACUGUUAAUUAAGAAAGAGACGAAGAAGACGAUUGAUGAAAUGGGUCUUUUCCAUUCAUGCCUUUCGUCUUCCUCUUCAUCUAGAGCAGCCAACACAGGUCUCCACAGUCAUGCCUCCACGAACAACCACAGUAAUGGAAUAGGGUUCUCGUCGUCAACGUCCACCACCGCCGCGACGACAAACAGCAGCGUCGGACCGAGGAGCCAAUUCUCGGAGGCUGUUAGCGAGAGCUCCGGUGGGAUUAUGAGUUAUUCCGGCCAAAUAUUGGCAUCGCCAAAUCUCAAAGUCUACAGCUUCGCGGAUUUAGCGACGGCGACCAAGAAUUUCAAACCGGAGUCGAUGUUGGGUCAAGGAGGGUUCGGCAAAGUUUACAGAGGUUGGAUCGAUGCCAAGACUCUUGCUCCGUCUAAAGCCGGUUCCGGUAUGAUCGUCGCCGUCAAAAGAUUGAAUUCCGAGAGUGUUCAAGGCUUCGCAGAGUGGCGUUCAGAAGUUAACUUCUUAGGGAUGCUUUCACACCCAAAUCUUGUCAAGUUACUAGGAUACUGCCGUGAAGACAAAGAGCUUCUGCUUGUCUACGAGUUCAUGCCUAAAGGAAGCCUUGAGAAUCAUCUAUUCAGACGAGGCGAGCCUUUUCCUUGGGACCUAAGGAUCAAGAUUGUGAUCGGUGCAGCUCGUGGCCUUGCGUUUCUUCACGGCUUACAACGAGAAGUCAUAUAUAGAGACUUCAAAGCCUCCAAUAUACUUCUCGACUCGAACUAUGAUGCGAAGAUUUCAGAUUUCGGUUUAGCGAAGCUAGGACCAUCACAAGAGAAGUCACACGUUACGACUAGGAUCAUGGGCACGUAUGGUUACGCUGCUCCUGAAUAUAUGGCGACAGGCCAUUUAUACGUUAAGAGUGACGUCUACGCCUUCGGUGUGGUACUACUAGAAGUAAUGACCGGAUUAAGGGCACAUAACCCAAAGCGACCUAACGGACAAGAGAGUCUAGUCGACUGGUUAAGACCAGAACUCGUAAACAAACACCGAGUAAAACAUAUAAUGGACAAAGGAAUCAUAGGUCAAUACUCAUCCAAAGUCGCAUCAGAAAUGGGACGCAUCACACUCUCUUGUAUCGAGCCAGACCCGAAAAACCGACCCCACAUGAAGGAAGUAGUCGACGUACUCGAACACAUCCAACGCACCAACGUCGUCCCAGACCGUUCUUCCACUAAAUCCGCUGUUGCUAGCUCAUCACGUUCCUCACCACAUCACUAUCGGUACACGUAUCGAGCUGGUGCCGCGGGGGCUGAACGAAGGAGGUCUUCGCCUCGAAGGUUUGAGGUAGAGAAAGACAUGGUUGCUUGAUGUUAUUUUUUUGUCCGAUACGAUAUGGUUUUAGAGUCUUUUUUGGUUCUAUCCUUUUCUAAAAUGAGAGUAAUUAUAUAUUUGUUCUGCGUCCAUAUUAUUCGAGUGUCUUGUGUAAAGUAUUCUUUACUAGUGUUGAGUGCUAUACAAAAGUUGCCCAAUCGCUGCAAAAAAAAAUGUAUUCAAUUUAAUGUUUUAGAUCAUAAGAUAAUGUUGAUAAAAGAAAUUGCCUACGAAUGGAGGAAUUUCGUGUAUGAAUUUGUAAGGUUUAUUUAUCUGUGUGUACUUUUGAAAGGUUUCCC